UUGCGUGGUUUCGUUGGACCAAAUACAAUUUGAAUUACCCAAUGUAAUUUACGCGCCAUAAUGCAGGGGCCCAGGAACUUAAACAUCAGCCCUUUUUUCACGUGUGGCCGCGUAUAUAUGGGGCCGUUCGCCAAUCUGAUUGCUUCCUCAGGCGUAUUAUGUCGCCCUCAGCCCCUACCCUUUAUCAGACGGAAGUCGCAGACAUUAGUCUCACAACCGUUGCUGUCCUUAUCACAGCCUUUCGUUUAUGUGUUCGUACGCGGCAGAAACGUCUGGGGAUUGACGAUGCAUGGGCAGCCAUCGCCAUGAUAUUCGACUUUACAUUAUUACUCGCUGAUUGCUUGUAUCUGCAAGACUAUAAAAAAUACCCCCAAAGCACAAGGAUAGCAUUAUACUACAUAGUUGCCCAAUCCUUUUACGGAGUUGUAUGGUCAUCGAAGUUAUCCAUGUUGUUUACUAUUGUGCGACUCACAAUCCCAGGAAGAUUUAGAAGAUUUCUCCUGUGCACUGUCGCUUUCUUCGGCAUUAUAUGGGCACUACUUUUUUCACAACUGUGGUGGAUUUGUGAAACUGAGACUGGCUGGAAAACACAGACACUUCCGCAGUGCGAUCUCGGCAGACGUAUUGCAAUAACGCAGAUGACCACCGACGUUCUAGCGGAUGUUGUUCUCAUCAUCGCUCCAUUUUCCCUCAUUUACAAAGUCAGAUUGUCAAGGUCGCAAAAAGUCCGGAUACUAGCUGUCUUCUCUACGUCAGCAGUCACUACAAUCGUCAGUCUCACCCAUGCGUAUUACAUCCUCUCUGGUGGAGGGCUCAGGGAGGUUAUGGCUGGUAUAGUUGAGUGUUCCAUGUCUCUCAUCGUCGUGAACUUGAGCGUCGUCGUCGCGUUCAUCUUCCGUUUAAGUUCAGACGAUAAUUCACCAUCCUCUCCGACACCCAUCGUAACUUUUGGCGGACAACGUAGGACACGCGUGGCUGUAGCUGUUGAAAGUACCACGAUCGUACUACAGGAUCUCUCCGAGUCUCGUCACCAUGCUAUGAAGAGAAGUGACGACGACGAAGUGACUUUACACAACAGGGAGCGAAAGCAGGAGAAAGACUGGUGCUAGAGCACAAAGAAGCUAAUUCGUCCUCGACUCCCACCUU